CCUCUACUUGCUUCUACGGUCUACUAUAAUUGCUUUCUCUCACAAGCCUUUCUAAGAAGACCAAAUGACGGUAAGCUUUUUCUUAGCUUUGCUAGCGUCUUCAGCAAUGUUGACAGCUAUUAUGGCCCAACAACCACAAAAACCAUAAUUCACAGCGCCACUGCUGAAGGUGCAGGUAAAAUACAUUAGGCAACAGACAAAACAGAAUCACCAACAGUGUGCCUAGAUGGGAUCCCUCCAGCAUAUCAUCUUGAUCAGGGAUAUGGUACUGGACUUCGCAGCUGGAUCACCGCCGUUGAUAAAAUCGUACUGUUAGGUUGGUGGUUGGUGCUCUGGUAUCUCUGAUUGCCAUAAUCGUUCAAAUAGCGGCUUAGGUUCUUCCAUAAAGAUGCUUCCACCACAAGUCACAUUUUCGGGAAUUCUUCAUGACGAACCCAGAAGUAAUCCAGACUUUUACCAUUGGAAUGGAGUUAGGGUCAGAUAUUGCUAUGUGUCAUCGUUCACAGGUGAUGUUGAAGAUGUUGAUCCUGAUACCAAACUUUAUUAUAGAGGAGCAAGAAUCUUCAGAGCCAUUAUGAAUGAUUUAUCAAGAAAAGGAAUGCAAACGGCUGAAAAUGCAAUCCUAAGAGGAACUUCAGCUGGAGGAUUGGCUACAAUCUUGAAUUGCGAUAAGUUCAAGUCUCUCCUUCCAAAUGAUGUAAGAGUAAAGUGCGUUGCAGAUUCAGGCUUCUUCAUCAAUGCGUGAGCUCUUCUUGCUAUAUAUGCGAUAACUCAAGAAGUUAAAUGAUUUCGAUGUCUUAUUGAUUUAUGUCUAUGCCGUUGAAACUCAAGCGUUUCAUAAUUUAUGCAGCAAGACAAUAUCUGGUACUUUAGAUAUUCAAGAUGAGUAUUGGGGAGUGGUUACUUUACAUGUGAGUCCCAGUGUUUUUUGUUUUAGUAAAAUAUAUAUAUAUAUGUGUGUAUAAGGUAAAACAGAGCCCACUGAGCAUCCCAGUUUUCCGAUAGGAGCCCCUCGUAUCGGGGCUCGAGCAAAAUACCUUCCCUCGGGGGCAUCGGGACCACGUCCUCCGUGUCCGGUUCGAGCCUCAAGACUUCGGAGAGCACUACCAAACAGCUGCACAUGACUAACAAAAGGCUGUGAUGUCCGUGUCCAACCGGAUAUUACAACAUGAAUCUCGGCCUCUAUCGGCAGAAAAUCAGUGAUUAGCGAAACAGAAGAUUUUUACCUUUCUUAGAAUUGUAGUUAGGCUAAAACUCCACUAUUAUAAAAAGGAGGAAGCUUAUUAUUCAUAGCAUACAUUGUAACACGCAUACCAAGGUAAUUUAUUUCUAUUCUCUCUGUUA